UAAUAUAUUCUAAUAACGAAACUAAGGAUUAUCUUUUAUGAGAUUCACCAAUUUCUUGCUUAAUGUCUUUUCAUUGAUACAUAUAUUAUUGGCCUUUACCUAAAGAUGGAAUUUCAGAGUUCGAAGGAGGAACAACUCAUCAAGGAAGACGACACAGAGAAACAGGAUGAUGUGAGGAAAAGUGGAGAUAAUGAAGAUGCUUCGUCCAAAUCAAAUACGAGACAUGAUAUGAGUGUAGAAGAACAAAUUACACGUGACAAGAGAAAGGCUACAGAAGAAGUUGACACUUUACAAGCAUCAGCACGUAGGACAGAAGAAACUAUGCCUGACGGGAGAAGAACCGCAACAGAAGUAGCUGGAACUAUAGAAGUUGGAAAUAUGGAUGAGGAAAGCACAAACUAUAGCAGUCAUAAACAACCUACACGUGACGAGAAUACAGAUGGGAACACAGAAGUUAAAACUACUGAAAGUGUUUGUGUUACCGGAGUCUCUGGGAAAAAUUGGGUGUAGAAACUGAUGCCAAUCGUAAAAUCCAAAGAACGAGGUAUUGGGAAGCAGCUACGGAACAAAAAUGAUGUUGUGUUGAAUGUCUUAGAUUUCGCUGGUCAAGGUGCAUAUUAUGCCUCACACCAGACACACAUGCGCAAAGACGCAAUUUAUAUAAUUGUUUUCGACGUUUCGGGGGACUUAGCCGGGAGAAGGGGAGACGAAGAGUCUACGUUGUCUUCGGAUAACAAAACACAUCUUUGUGACAGACCUGAUACAUCAUUCUCAUGCUGGACUC